UAGUCUAUGAAUCUUUGUAUUCCGUUAUUCCUGGCUCGUACGUCGCUCCAACAUGAAGUUUGCAUUCGCUUUACUCGCCCUCGUUGUCGCUGUUCAGGGCCGCAGCACCGCCUUGGACGCCCCCAUCACCGCUGUGUCGACGGCGGAGAAUCCAUGGGUGGUGCACCUCCGCAUUGCCACUACCUUCGGCGCCGGUCUGCUCGACAGUUGCGUCGGCUCGCUCAUCAACGACCGCUGGGUGCUCACUUCCGGCAGCUGCGUACAGAACCUUCGUUUUGCUUGGAUUCGCUAUGGCGCCGUUAACGUGAUCAACCCUGAGCUGGUGACAGAAACAUCCUCUUCUCGGUUCAACAACAGAGUUGGUCUGAUCGCCAUCAACCGCGCCAUCGAAUUUACCCCAACGAUCAGCGCCGUGGAGCUUGCGGCGGCCAGUGACGAGCUUCCGGAGUCAGGCACACUCUGCGGAUACGGCGCGCAGGAAGACGGCUCUCCCGGUGAAACAUUGAGGUGCAUCGAGUUUACUCUAUCCGGUCAGGAGAACGACGUAUUCGAGGGCACCAGUGAAGGAGAGACUUCGGAAUUCGACAUUGGUGCUCCACUGGUGAGCAACGGCAAGCAGAUCGGUGUCCUCGUCCGUCCCGCUGAGAACGGUUCCGCUGCUUUGUUCGCGAGCGUUGGUUCGUACAAAGUCUGGAUCGACUUCGAGACUCAAUCCCCCUUCUAAAUUAGAUGAAGUGAUAACUUGAAUAUUCCUGUUGCAUAAUGCCAUCAAGGAUAAUAAAUGUUCACUUUAUAUGCUAAUAUAAUAUGAAAUUGUUAAA